CACAAAUGCUGCUGUUCUCACUUCCCACUGUCACACAAAGCAGCAGCCUUCAGGGAGCAACCCACUGUUCUUUCCUCCACUUUAUCUCACACUCUCUACAAGAGGUCACCAGUACACCCACCAUCCCUCCUCACUCCCUUUCUUCUUUCUACUCUGUCCAGCAUAGUUUUCUUCACCCAGAAGAGUGUUUCUGCUCUCAAGCAUUCACAUUGAAAUCUCUUUGUUGAACUGACCCAGAUUUCUCCCCCAUUGCCGGCUUUGAAUCAAGCUCUUAGCUUUUUAGUACGGAGCAUGUCUCACUCCUCAGGCCAGCACAACUCUUUAACCACAUUCUCCUUAUGCGUCGAGUCUUUAAGAUAGCAUUAUGUAUUGAUAGUUAUUUCGUCGGUGUAUAGAUUUACAUAUCCCCUGCCGAGGUUUCUUGAAUAAUGGAGCGUAAACAAGGGUUCUUCUCGGCUUUGAAGAAAGAUGUGGUUAGGGGUUUGUCUCCUAUGCGUUCAAGGUCGGAAAGUCCGGCUAGAGGCGGGUCGCCUCUCUCUAGGCUGCUGUGGAGGAAGAGGAGUUUCGGCGGAAGCAGUAAUUUUGUGGUAAAUGACGAUACUUUGAUCUCGAGAUCGGGAAGUCUUAGGCCCCUCGGCGAGACCCUGACGCCGCUGAUGGAGGGUCCUGAUCUUGACGGCGGAGAAAUAGGAGAGUCGAAACGGGUCGGGUCAGGAUUGACCAGCUGGAUGAAGGAACAGCUCAGUCGAACUCCCUCCAUAGCCUUCAAUGGGUACAGCCGGAGGAAGUCUGAUCUCAGGCUUCUACUGGGAGUAAUGGGUGCUCCUCUCGCCCCUGUCCACGUUACCACCUCGGACCCUCUCCCUCAUCUUAGCAUCAAAGACACUCCCAUUGAAACAUCUUCUGCUCAGUACAUUUUGCAGCAAUAUACUGCAGCUUGUGGAGGGCAGAAGCUUCUGCAGAAAUCCAUAAAGAAUGCAUAUGCCAUGGGAAAGGUUAAGAUGCUGGCUACUGAAAUAGAAACUCCGACAAAGGUGGUGAAGAAUCGGAGGAGUGCGGCAGAGUCUGGUGGGUUCGUCCUGUGGCAAAUGAAUCCUGACAUGUGGUAUGUGGAGCUUGCAGUCGGUGGAAGCAAAGUUCACGCAGGCUGUAAUGGUAAGCUUGUAUGGAGACACACACCAUGGAUCGGUGCUCACACUGCAAAAGGUCCAGUGCGGCCGUUGAGAAGAGCCCUACAGGGCCUGGAUCCUAGAACGACUGCAAGUUUGUUUGCGAAUGCUCGAUGUAUAGGGGAGAAGAAAAUCAGGGGGGAGGACUGCUUCAUCUUGAAGCUCUGUACCGACCCCCAUACACUGAAGGCCCGAAGCGAAGGAGCUGCAGAGAUAAUAAGGCAUGCUCUUUUUGGCUACUUCAGCCAGAAGACUGGGCUUCUCAUUCACAUGGAGGACUCGCAUCUCACCCGCAUCCAAACAAAUGGAGGAGAAGCUGUUUACUGGGAAACAACCAUUAACUCUUUCUUGGAUGACUACCGUCCUGUGGAAGGAAUCAUGAUUGCCCACUCCGGCCAUUCUGUCGUGACACUCUUCCGUUUUGGGGAGAUGGCUAUGAGUCAUACCAAAACCAGGAUGGAAGAAGCUUGGACAAUCGAAGAGGUCGCGUUUAACGUUCCUGGCUUAUCAGUUGAUUGUUUCAUCCCGCCUGCUGAUUUAAGGUCAGGUUCUUUAAGUGAAGCAUGUGAACUUCCUCCUCCACAGGAUGAACCUGGUAAGUGUGCCAAGGUAGCAGCUCUGGAGACAACUCAUGAAGGUAGUGUUGAUAACAGUGCUGUCUGGAAGUUGGAAACCUGAUUCCGUCAGCCGUUUAUAUGGAAAGAAGCAGUUUCUAAUUGGUUAACCAAGUAGGAGGUACAAUUAGAAGGGUAGUUUAUUUAAUAAUUUCAAUUAGUUGGGUAUAUCAGACAUGGUACUUACUUUUUAUGCUCGGUAGUAGAAAGAGCAUGUAUAAUCAAUCAUUCACAGGUCCUUCCUGAGCCUGGAUGGUUUUUUGAUCUCUAAAUUGAGAAUCCAGCAAGGAGUUGGAACAUAGUUUUCUUAGGGGCUAUAGAGACCACCAAUGGAUAAUGAAGGUGGCUCAUAAACCAUAAUUAGUUUGGCUCACAUAAACCGAAGAAGGUGGCGGAUGAAGCAUCCUCUCCUUCAUCUCUUCUCCACUGUUCUCUUUGUGGCAUGCAGCAGCAGAAGAUUAUAGUGUUGUUCUGCACUGGCUUUUCAUUUCUUUGGUUGCUACCUGUGUGGUUUUGUUAUGUUCUUAGAUAAUGGAUAAAUAUUUUUAGUUUGGUAAUAGCUAAAGGUGCUGGAGUUCGCCAUAGCUUAGUCUGCUAGAGAUAAUGUGUAUCUAGUCUAUGUGUGUACCAAACAGGGAAAGUAGCCGUUUUUCUGUCAUUGGUCAAAUGGUGUGUUGUUAAGAAAAGAAGGUAGGCCAGAUGGAUUCUUAAUGUACACUUUUUGAACGCGUUUGUUGUGUACAUUUCUACGUAGCAUGUUUUUAUUGGGCAGUGGAAGAAGGUAAACAACUUUUCAUCACUCAAUAAACAUGUGUAGUGUAAUAAAGUAAACAAUAAACAUUACAUAAAUGUACAUCUAUCUUUAGUCC